AUGCUGCGCGGGAGCAAGCACCUUGUGGGAGGAGAUAUCAACCGUCUUUAUUUGUCGAUUAUCGAUGGGAUUGAGUCUUCCAUUCGUACUACUGGACUGGAAGUGCUCUUCCGUAUCAUUCAACUUGCCGAGCCCCUCUGUCCCAUCGAGCUGCGCCGUUUUUUCGGAGAGGAUGUUUACACGCCUCUUUUGCCUUUUUCAGCCAUGAUGUCGAUUCCGGCUUCCAAUUCACUCGAUCCAGUUCGGCCCUUUCACACUUCGUUUAGCGAUUUUUUGCAGAUACAGAUGGAGCGCACCGGGCUCACCGGUCCCGAAGUGCACAGAUUAUUGACUGACCGUUGUUUUAGCGUCAUGGCGGGUCUCCUGAAGCGAGACAUCUGCGGACUUGCAAAUCCCUCGCUGUUCCAUACCGAAAUCUCCGACUUCGCUCAGAGACGGGACAAGAAUAUUCCUCUGGCUCUGAGAUAUGCUUGCCGACACUGGCUAUACCACCUUCGUCAGACUACGCCGGAUGACGAAAUCUCAGGACGUCUUCUAAUGUUUGUAGAAACGAAGGUUCUCUUUGCGAUCGAAGUCUAUGCUCUGCUUGGCGAACUUGCGGCUGGCGCCAAGAUACUCAGGGCUGCUCGCAAACAUGUCACGGGCUGGGCUGAAUCGCUCGUUCCCCGCAAUGGCGACAUUCUGACUCUGCUCCAUGAUAGCUGGCGCUUGACUCUCGACUUCUUCGAUCCCAUCAGUGCAUCCGCUCUCCAUGUCUACGAAUCAGUGCUCGUUUGCUCUCCCGCCGAGUCGCAGAUACGGCGUGUAUAUGGGCAUGUACUUGCAGAAGCAACGGUCUUCGUCUUUGAGGACGGAUUGGAUCCGCAAUGGAAUAAAGUGAUACGCAUCGUGCAAAUUGAUGACAAGUUUGGUGAACACAACGGUGGGGCCUUCCGGCACGUCCACUCCGUCGCUGUGUCUCCAAAUGGUUCUCAGGCUGUGAUUGAGUGCAGUCAGGUGAUAGUACUACUCGACACAGCUACAGGAACAAUCAUCACAUCGUUACCCAAGGAAGAGCUUGGUAGCAUCAAAUUCUCUUACUACAGUGGCAGUUGUAUAUGCCACACUGGUUCACGGAUAAUCAUGACUGCCCCAUCCAAACCGCUUAGGUGUCUAUUGUGGCAGCUCUCUGACAAGUCAAUAACAUCUUUCGAUCUGCCGCUAGACGCUUAUCCUUUUAGCCUCGCCUGUUCUUACGAUGGACGCAAGAUUGCCAUUCUGGGUACCAACGUUAGAGACACGUAUAAUGACAAAUGGCCUUGCGAGGGUUUGAAGGUCACCGUCAAUAUAUAUGAUGCAGAGACCCGCCAGCAACUUUCUCACUGGAUACAUCAAUCUCAAAUUCUCAUCGACCCGAGGUUGGAAUUCUCGCUCAAAGGUGAUUGGCUGAUGGUGGAUACCCAGCGCGAGGACGGGAUUUUCAUUUUGGAUACCACAAACGGUCAGCUGCUUUGGCAUUUCCGCUGUAACGGCCGCGUCGCCGAUCACCUCUUCAGUCCUUACGGGGACUAUAUCCUACACGCAUGGAGGUGGGAAACCUCGAGCCCCUACAGCUUUCACAGCAUACCCGAGCGCAGUGCACCAGACUUACACUCAUGCUGCGGCGCCGUCAGAGGGUGCAAACCAACUGCAAGCGAAGAGCGAGCGGCGUUUACGGAUCACAUACCAGAGUGCGUUGUCGACGAUGACAACAAAACAAUAGGGACACGAAUUGGCGAUAAUGUUUUCAUGCAUCCCUGGUCAGACCGUUCAGAUUCAAGUUCACAUCACACAGCACCAGAUAGGAGCCUUUGGCGGCGUCUUUCCGAGGGGUGCUUUCACGUAAUCGAACAAGGGCACGACUUGCUCGCAAUCGUUGAUAUGGUGCAAGCGAGCGCUCAAGGGCAUCCGCGGCCUGUUCACGUUGCGGAGAACGAAGAUACGUCUAGAAGUUGGUGGCCAGAUGACUGGUCUUCCGUUGAACGCUCCGAUCAGGGUGACAUGAUUGCCUUCGAGCUAGAGGACAGUGAGGAGGAUGCUAACGGCGACUGGUCCACUCGCUACCAUAUCUAUGACACCAUUUCUAUCACAUACCAGUGCGAAAUCCUGCUAAUGGACCUUCUUGAAGCCACUGGAAUGGAAAAUGGCUAUAGUCCAGAAUUUCCCUGCUUUUCACCCAGAUCUACGUACUUUGCGUUAGCCGUUCCGAACGACGCAGGUUUUGCUUUCGGACUAUGGAACUCCCGGACAGGCGAGCACCUGGGAAGCACAUAUAUGGAUAUAACUCUCGACGGCAAAGAUUAUCUUACCCUUGUGUCCAGCAUUCAUUUUUCGGAGGAUGAGACCGUAGUGGCAGUGGUUUAUGGUUUUCCUGAAGACUCGAUCGAGCAUACCGACCUUACAAUUGCCUUUAUAUCUCUGGAACAAGGCAACGUCAAGCACGUAGCAUUAAUCCCAACUCCGGAUGAAAAGAUAUCGUUUCUGAACGGGAGAACGCUAAAAAUCAUAUCUGUGACUCGGGAUUCGGUUGACUGGUGGGGCCGAUACGCGGGCGAUUUUACUGUGUAUCAUCUUCAGUGGAGGAGAGCAACAUCAGAAAUUGUCACAAUAUCAUCUGUGAAAACGAGAGCGCAUGGGUUGGUCUCGAUCAAGCAUACCCCAAGUUUACAGACCAUCCAGUCAUCAGGAAAAACCUAUGCGUGGUAA